AUGUCUGGAGAAUCCGAGUUCACCUUCCUGCCUCUCGGGGCCAUCAUUCAAGAGUUCCGCAUCGCGGGCAAGAACAUCGUGCUCGGUUUCAACACCCAAGAACAGUACGAAAAGUAUAACUCGCCGCACUUUGGCGCAACAAUUGGUCGCGUGGCCAACCGUCUCAAGGGCGCCGUCAUCCACAACCUCAGCGGCCGCGACUACACCCUGGCCCAGAACGACGGGCCCAACUCCCUGCACGGAGGCGAGAAAGGCUGGGGCAAGUGUGUCUUCGACGGACCGCAUACCGUCAGACGCCACGGUCACGAUGCCUUGAUGUUCAAGUACCUCAGCAAGGACGGUGAGGAGGGUUUCCCGGGGACAGUGGAGCUGCGUGUCUGGUACACGGCUAGCAAGGAGGACGUAGAUAGCCCCAGCUCCAAGACCGUUCUCACUGCCGAGUACGAGGUUGAGUUUGUGGGUGAUGAAUGCGAAGAGACGGUGGUCAACCUGACCAACCACAGUUAUUUCAACCUUGGUAACGGCCCAACCAUUGAGGGCACUAAGGCCCAGCUCGCCACCGCAGACUACCUGCCCAUCGACCCCACCGGCAUCCCCCUCGGCAACUUUAGCAAGUUCCCGAUUGAUGUUCUGAAGCCCUUUAACCUCGGCCCAUCCGAGCCUCAGAUUGACGACGUCUUCGUGAUGGAGACCGACCCCUCGAAGAUCCCACUGGACACGCGCACCCAGCCUCUGAGGCUGCUGGGACAGUUCAGUCACCCAGACACCGGCCUGCACCUGGAGAUACACAGCACCGAGCCCGCAUUCCAACUAUACACGGGCAAAUACAUCGACGUGCCCGCGAUGGACGGAUUGCCAGCACGCGGCCCCGGCGCGGGAUUUUGCGUAGAGCCCAGCCGAUACGUCAAUGCCGUCAACGAGCCGGCAUGGCGGUCAAUGGUAGUUUUGAAGAAGGGACAGAUUUUUGGAUGCAAGACGGUAUACAAGGCCUGGAAGGCAUGA